GCUUUCCUAUUUUAAUAUAAGGACACUGUCAGAUUUGUUCAUUGCAUAAUCUCUUUUUCAAACCUAAAAUUAAAUUGGCAGCUGCUUUUGACUAGUCAUUGCUCAUGUUGUUUCCUCAUUCCUACUUUACAGCCUGGUUCUAUCUCUAGAGGGAGCUCUGAAUUUGCCAUUACUAACCUUAGAGUGGAAAAUCUCCCUAGAUACUCUUAGACUUUCCCUGACAAUGAAGCUUGGCUCAAUCCCUUUCCAAUUUCAAGUCUGGCAGGCAUAUUUACUUGACUCAACAACACUCGGAGAACCCUGUCCAGAUAUUAGCUGCUGAUACUGAUUUGGUCUGAACAGCCUAGGGGAGGAAGCCUAGGACAUAUACCACUCCAGGGUUUCCAUGGAUUCUCUCAAUGGUAGUAGCAAGAAGAGAAGCAGUGAGGUUCGAAAGCUUGGAGAUUUGCUGAGCCGCACACAGUCUGAUCCAUUCAAGUGCUUUGCAUUAUUCUUGGAAAAUUGUGUGCCAGUUGCAAAUUCCUUGAACAUUGGCUUUGGGAACCCACUACUAUUGGGUCCCUCAUCUUUGCAGCUCGCCCAGAUUAAGACGCAGCUGGCUCUUCACCAGUUGAACUGUGUCACUUCUAGCAGCUUCUCUUCACCAACAUUGUCACUUCUCAACCAGGCUUUACUAAAACUUACAAUGUCUAACCCAAUGUUUAAUCCAAGAGCACGUUUUCCUGGGCAGAGGCCAAUGGUGCCGAACCAGUUUGCCAUGAAUCAACAAAUGUCUAUGAUGAUGGGCCCGGGACAUAUGGCUUCUCAAGGUAUGGUGUCUUCUGGACCACCUGGAAGGAUGCCUCAGAUGAUGAAUCAGCAAAUGGGAUUUCAAGGUCCCCCCCAAAGAUCUCUUCCUCCUCACCCAGAAAUGCAGCCAAGAAUGGAGAUGCAGGCUCGAGGUCCACAGGAUGACAGUCGCAUGUUGGCACAGGGUUUGCAGCAGAUGAACCCCAGAAUGAUGAAAGGCAAAGUGGAAGAUUUGGCAGGUGUAAGAGAUCAACAUAUGGUCAAGGUUCCUGAAGACAGAGAUUCUGAAUGGAUUUCCUUCAAGCCUCCACCUGAAAAGUUGUUUGCCUCUGGAAUGGGAGAUGCCCCAGAGAGAAACCAAGCCAGAGGAGGAGCAGCAGAGAAUCAUCCAGGUGCCCCAGCAGGAAGACGCCCAACUGUCUACAUAAAUGAAAAUGCCACCAGCAUAUUGGCCAGUUUUGGACUUUCUAACGAUGACCUGGAAGAGCUAAGCCGAUAUCCAGACGAUCAGCUCACCCCAGACAAUUUGCCCUUUAUUUUGAGGGAUAUUAGAUUAAGAAAAAUGAAAAGGCAGAUUUCUGAUGUGGAUCAUUCCAAAUCCUCUUCUGUGGGUGGAGAUUCUCUGAGCAGUGAGUCCAGACAGAGCAAGAUCAUCGAUUAUGGACAUUCAAGUAAAUUCAGUAUUCCUGAGGAGGAUUCACCUCUUUAUAAGAGAGACUUGCCAUCAAAAGAGUUGACUAAGGAGGAUAUAGUUACUUCUGCACCCCCUAGUACACAGCCUAAAUUUUCCCUUGAUACUCUUGUGUCUGCUUCCUCCUUUAGCUUUAAGGUUGAUGCUGGUCAUGGGUCUGUUUUCUCAGACCCUGUUAAAACAAGCUCACCUUUGAGCAAGGACUUGCCGGUCGAUCGACGGCCGCAACUAAGUGAAGCGGCUAGUCAGAAAUCAGACGGGCUCAACCAAGCUUCAGUGGGGAUUGCCAGCUCUACCCCAACCAACCCUCCUAGGGUUACACAAAUAGAAGCUGGUGUAUUGGCGAAAGAAACCUUCACCAUGAUGAAAACGCCCUGGGCUUCAGCGUUUCCUCAAAAUGAGCCCUCGGUGGGCAAGAGACUGCCAACCCCUAGCAUGAAGAAUGAUUACUACGCUGCCUCCCCGAGAAUCUUUCCACAUACUUGUUCACUGUGUAACAUAGAUUGUGUUCAGUUGCAGGAUUGGAUUGAGCAUCAAAAUACCAGUCUUCACAUUGAAAAUUGCAGACAUUUGCGCCAGCGGUUUCCAGACUGGAAUCCCGAAGUCUUGCAUCCUAUAAGAAAUGAAUUUGAAAGCAAUCAAGGGAGGACAAGCCAAAAACGGCGCUCACGGUCACCGAGGGCUAGAUCUCCCAGAAGCAGGUCUCCAAGUCCUCGACGGUACAGAGGUCGUGCCCGUCGUUCUUGGACCCGUUCCCGGAGUCGUUCUAGAAGUGCUCGUAGGUACCGCCGCAGCAGAACCAGAAGCAGGUCACGGAGCCCACAUCGCAGGUCCAGAAGGAGCCCUCGGCGAUCACGCAGUUUAUCACCUAGGCAUAGAGCCCAUUCUUCUUCCCGUCGUUCACGUUCUCCCCGACGUAGAUCACGGAGUCCCUUAUACACCCGCAGGCUGCCUUCUCCUUCCCGCCGUUCCCCCAGAAGAAGCCCACUUCGUCGCAAUCGAUCAAAAAGUAAAGAGAGGCUUGCCAAGAAAAUAAUUGAAUCUUCAGCUUUGUCUGUUGCAGACAGUUCAUCUUUAGAGGCUAUGUUACAGUCCUUGGCUCCUGCCAUCAUUGCAGAACUGGCAAAGAAGUCUGCAGCUAGCUCUACUGUGCCUAAACAGGUGUCGGGCAGCAAGGCAGGACCAUUAAAAAUGCAGGGAAAAACUAAGACAAAAUUUGUCAAAGAUGUCUCAUCUUCUGCUGGCACCAGUAAGAAGCAGGAGUCACAGGGUGCUGCUUCAAAGACUGGAACUACUCGUGCAAAGGUACCUUCAAAGGAUUUAAGCAGUACAAGUAACAAAAAGUCCACAGCAUCUAAAGAUACAGAAAAAAGUAAAAAUCUUAGGGUCAAGAAGAAGACGGGCAUUACAGUUAUUGUUUCUGACUUGCCAGAGGGAGACUGUUCUGAACAGGAUAUUCUUAAAGUUAUGGAGGUUUUUGGAAAAAUAGCGCAAAUGUCAUUUAACCAAGUAAAGAAAGAAGCAGUAGUAGAAUAUCUGAUGGAAGAAGCUACUAAAGCACUCCAGGAAUUCUUAAAAACCUCUUCACUUAAAAUCAAGGAGAAGAUUGCACAAGUAACAUUUGAAGAAAAGGAGAAAAAGGAAACAAAGAAAGUAAUCACUAAAAAAAAAGAACCCAUAAGCACAAAGGCUGCUUCCGGUGUAAAGGCUACAACUUGCAAAACCUCUGCAGAUAAGAAGUCUGUCAAGACGGACUCAUUGGCGUGGGUAGCAAAUAGUUCUAAGUUCAAACAGUCUAGUGUUUAUCCACAGCCAGUAAUUGUUGUCUCCAGUUUGCCUGACUCUGGUUAUGUUGAUGAUGACAUUACGAACCUUGUGAAACCAUAUGGACGUAUAACACAGUUGAUUACUGUACUAUCACAUAAACAGGCGUAUAUUGAGGUAUCCAGCCAGAAGACUGCAGAUGAAGUUUUGAAAUACUAUAAGACAAACCAAGCAAAAGUAAAUGAUCAGGAUGUGACUGUGAGUGUGUGGAAGAAAGAGCUCUCUCCACUGGAUACUGAGGCUUUAUUCAAAAGUGUUCUAAAACUGUCUAAGGUAGAGGAUGUUGAUGGUCUUCACAAGAGAUUGGUCGUUAUCAGUAAUUUACCCAAGGAAAAUGUAACAGAAGAGGUUUUAACCUUAGUAAAAGAACGUGGAAUAGUCAAACAGUUCAUCACUUUGAAAGACCAGAUUAUCAUUGAACUUGAAACAGCUGAUCUAGCCACAAACAUCUGUGAGCAUUAUAGUAAGGAGCCAUGUAUCAUUAAAGAGACACAACUUUCCUUUAAAGUGUGUGGUAAAGAAUCUGCAAAAGAUGAGCUUAAGAAAAAGGAGAAGUCAGAAAUCAAAAGGAACACUAUUGCUAAAAAAUCUGAAAAGAAGCUUGGUGAGCUCAGCAAGUCUAAUAAAGGCAGUGGAGGUAUUAAAUCUACAAAUCUGAAGGACCAAGCAAAAUCUCUAUCUGAAUCCUCUGAAGAAACUGCUAAAGAUGAUGCAUCUGAACAGCAAACAUUAAAGAGCAACAUUACAGAUGAAUCAAUCCCUGCUGAUCAUCCCAUCAAGGAAAUAGAAUCAACAAAGACUGAUCUUACCACUUCAUCAGAGGAUACACUUCCUGCAGAUAAGCUGGAGCUUAAGGCAACUACAGUAAACAGUGGUGGCGCUGAUCCAGAAGAUAUUCCUGACACACAGAAGGAAAAGCCAGUUGAAGCAGAGAUGUCUGAAAUAGAACUUCAAGUCUCUCUACCAGAGACGGUAAAUGAAGAACAUGCCAGAAAUGCAACACAGGAGGAGGAGGAGGAGGCAGCAGCAGUCGGCAGUGCAAAGAAUGUAAAUGAGAAAGUUACCCUCCAUUCUCAGGACAAUAGUCAGACAACAGGAGAUCAAACUUUGUCACCCGAGAACAGAACUCUAGAAUCAAUUAACAUACUAGAAGAAGAUGGCAAAGAAGCUGUUAAUGAUGUUGGUUCAUCUUUGUCAGAAAAUGCACAGACUGUUAUUGCUGCAAGACCUUCGUCAUCUGGAUGUUCAGACAUUUCUACUACAAAUAUUUUGCCUGACAUAUCUCAUCAAGUCUUUGAGACAGUGUCAAAAGAGGAUGGUGUAGCAGAGGAGAUGUCAUUACUGUCGGCAAAAGAUGGGCAAGUAUCUUCUACUGCCACACCUAAUACCAAUGAUGAGAGCUUAUUGAACAGUGAUGUUACAAGAUCACCUGCAGUCAAAACCUCGGAUGACAUGAAAGAAGGCAUAGUAGGUCCUGCAUCGGCAGAAAAAGAAUGUGAAUCUCUGGUUAAGGAAGGUUUAUUGGUAGAUGACACUUAUAAAGAGAACACUGCUGAGAAGUCCAAACCAGCAAUACGCAAGGGUGAAUGUAAACAAGCUACAAGUCCUGAUCUCCUUGCCAAGAAUGGUACUCCGACCACCUCUACAGACAAGUUACAAAAAACAAGAUGCACACGGGCAAGUACUGCCAAAACAGAUCUAGAGAGCAGAGUUAGCCCAAGUCAUUCCAGCAGUGGCAGUUCCACUGGAGGCCGAAGAGCUCAUGAGAGCAGCAGCCCUUUGAGAAGUAAACGCAGAAGAGAUGUCAAAGGUACCUCAACUAACAAUGAAUGUGAUUCAAGGGCAUCCAGCUCUGGGAUUGAAAAGCACAAGUGUUCUGUGAGAACCACUAGAUCUUCAAGGAACAGUGUAAAGCCAUCAGAUGAAAAACAAAAGGGAAAGCCAAAGGAAGAGGAGGAUAAUAUUGGAGAAAGGUUUCCAUUCAAUUUGGAAGAGUAUGUUACUGUAGAUGAAGUUGGAGAUGAGGCAGAAGGUUUAGCAUCUCAAGAACUGCCAGCUGUCAGUAAAUAUAAGGGACCUUCCGCAAAACACCGCUUAACAACAAAGGGUAACAGCAACAAGCGCAAGAGAAGUGGAGAAACCUCAGCCUCAUUCAUAGUGCAUAAAGUAGAUGGGACAGAAGCAACACCUGGAAAAGACAGAGUAAGGAGUAGCAAUGGGCAAAAACUUGCUAAGGACCCUUCCACCAUGUUAACUCUUGAUGAGAUAAGUGAGGAUGAAGGACCUGGUGUAGAUGAAAAUGUAGAUGUACUAAAGGAUGCUGAUGCUCUUAUUACUGUUGAUGAGGUUGUGGAAGAGGAAGAAAUAUUUCUGCCAGAAGUUAAGGACCUGCAGGCGCUUGUAACCCUAGAUGAGAUUGUGGAUGAGGAAGAAGAUAAUGGCAAAGGCGAAACACUCUUUUUCUCUACACUGGAACAAGAAGCGUCAGAAGUUCUGCCAGCCGAGACACAUCCUGGGGAGCUGUCUAAGGAUGAUGUGGAUUCUUUGCUGGAAAAGACUGCCUUACAGCCUGAGGAACAGAUUACCACUGAGCCUCAAGAAGAAAAGGGAUCAUUGGUUGAGCUAAAGAAGAUGAGUUUUGUCACUGUGGAUGAAGUUUGGGAGGAGGAAGAAGAACUAAAAGAAGACACCUCUGCCAGUGAGCAGCAUGCAACAGUCAAACCAAAAGUUGGGCGGCCUAGAGGAAAGAGAGUGCACAGAAAGAGGGGUAGAGGGAGAUCUCGAGGUGGAAAAGUUGGCCCAUGUGAAUCUGAGGAGCAGAUGCAGAUUGAGGAAAAAGAUAUUUCAGAAGCGCCAGUAGCUGAAACUAACACUAAUCUUGCAGUGACGCUUAAUCAGGAGACCCCUAUUUCUAUGAAACAAAAUCCUACUCCAAAUGAAGAUGAGAAAUGUAACUCUGAAGCAGAUGGCUCAGAGACGUCUGAACUCAAAGAGAUAAAGGAUGUGUGUGAUAUUUCUAGCAGCUCUUCGCUUACAAGUGAUUCUAGAGCAAAAGACUUUGCAUCUUGCAUUAACAAUGAGCCUACAGAUAGUGAGAGAGGAGAGACUGUUAAAAACGAUCCUUCCAGUAGGGACAACAAGGCAACUCAAGUACUCGGGCAAGAAGCUAAUGUACAGGAGCCAUCCUCUAUUAAAGAGACUCCUGGUGCGGGAAGCAGUUGCAAAGAUGUUUCAGGAAUUGUAGCACUUGAAGAGGAAGAAGAACCAGUACCAGAGGAGCCAGUAUUAAAGAAAGCAAGACUGGAUUGUUUAGACCUUCAACAGUUUGAUUUGCCUCCAUUUGUAAAAGACAGUCCAGUUGGUGUGGAAUUUGUAGUUCCAAAGACUGGAUUCUAUUGCAAAGUGUGCAUGUUAUUCUAUGCCAAUGAAGAACUGGCAAAAAAGAACCACUGUGGAAGCUUUAAGCACUAUCAGAAUUUGGAGAAAUACAUGAAGAAACAGAAAGAGCAAUUUCUAUCAAACCAUGAAGAUCCUUCUAAUCAGAUUUAAAAAAAAAAAGCUCAAUUUUUUUUUUUUUUUUUCUUUUUUUUAACUUUGAUUUAUGGGUCCAAAACAACGUUGUACAUUUUGUCUGGGAGCUGUGAAGAAAAUAAAUAUAUUUUAAAGAGUCAAUGUUGAUGUGUACUACAAUGAUCCAAGCCAUGCUUCUUUGAUCAUAUUCUGUGUAGAUUUUUACAUGUAGUGCACAAAUAAAACCUUAACUGUGUUGUUCUGUGGUCUCUUAUGUUACUGUGUUUCUUACCCAGAAAUGAACUGUGGUAAUGAAAGGAAUGGGCGGGUAACGAGGCUAAUAAUCUUUGAGAAUCGAAGGCUCUUCUUUGCUAUCUAUCCAUCUUUUAUAACCCACUGGUUAAAUGUAGAUUUGCUGUGAAUCAUCCCUCGUUGGAGAGCAAGGCAGUCGCACUGGGCACACCCGCAUUCACUCACUCGCUCAUACCAGGCCAGUUUACAGCCAGCAUUGGUUGGACAUUUGGGAGGAGACGAAAACACAUGUAGACAAUAUUGAGCGUUUCACACAAGGCUGGCAAUUCACCCCAGGACUAUGAAGCGGCACUAAUCACUGUACCAUCGUGCCAUGCUUUCUGAUGUAGGCAUGUCUUAAAUAUGUGAGUCAAGGGCAUUUUUUUUAUAUAAAUUUAUUUUGAUCAUAUUUUUACCAUUAACAGAAAAUAAAUUAAUCUGAAUGGUACUGUACUGCACUAGGUCUCAAAAUUGAAGGAUAUUGAGUACCACGCAGUGACAGCUUCUGAGGUGUUGCCAGGAUGGCCGCUCCUUAAGACAUUAAUAUAAACUGAGUUUGGAAUCCCUGAAGGCAAUUCUUGUUUUCCUACCACCAUCCCACCCCCUCCAUACUUUCAAUUUCAGAUUUAUAGACUGGGCAGGCGAGACCAUCUGCAUUGCUCAACUUAACCUUCAAUUUAUUUUGUAACAUGAAAUUGCUUCCUCACAGAUUUCUGGUUUCCAAGGCCAUAGCAGGUUGGCUGUGUGCUUGUGUGGGAUUUGCAGUACACUGGCGCCCACCCAGUCAUGCGGAAUUAAAGAAUGUUAUUUAGCUCAAUAGAAAAUGAGUUCAUCUAAAAUUCCUUUACUUACAGGUGUAAAUGUUACUUGCCCAGGUUGCAAAGUGGUUUGUGAUAAAGCAGUCAGUGUUGACCAGCACAGUAAUAAAAGCAAUUGUACUUAAAGGUAGCAGUCAUGUUAGCUGGUUAAACCUCUUUAUUGAUGAUAUUAAGCAAUAGCCUUUAACAUUACAUCAACUCCAGAUUUUGCAAUAUAUGGUAGUGCAUUUAUGAUUAACAAUGUUUAUAGAAUUUGAAAGAAAUCGGUAAUACUGUUUGUAAUAUGUUGUGCCAUAUUCUUUGUUUUUGUUUUGUUUUUUUAAUUAAAACAUGGUGGUCUCUCCUUCA